UGUGCGUGCAUUGUACUAUAGCAUAAAUCUAUUGUAUAAUAUUAAUUUUUAUUAUCGGUAUUAAUAUUCAUUAUUAGCUCAAUUAGAUUGCAUUUAUUCAUCAUUAUUAUGUGAAGACUGUCGGACAGAAUUAACAGCUUACAUUUGAUUACAAUUAAGUAAAUUUGAAUGUUUUCUUCAAUUUUGCAAUGUAAUAGUGAUUUUAAUUUCCAGCAUUACGUACGUAUCGUAUAUGAAAUCAAACAAACUUACAUGGCUUUAAAACAAACAAAAAAGAAAAUAAUAUAAAGUUUAUUACAAUAAAUUAUAAUUUUAAAUUAAACAUCCUUGAAUGCUAAGAAUGAUAUAAGAACAGAGAUUUUUAACUUUAUGCAAAUAUAAAAAUUAUUAAAAAAAAAUUCUUCCUUUGUGGGAAUAUUAUUUUUCCAAAGAGUUAAAUAAUGGACGAUUGUCUGCGUGAAUGGAAUAAUUUUUAUUCAAAUUACACGAUUAAUCAACCUAUACCUGCUCGAAAACAGCUAAUUAAAAUAUUACUCAUUUGAAACGUUCGAGGAAUACGUAAAUCAAGUGGACUCUGCACCAUUCGCAUUCUAGUUCGACAAGCAGAUUCGUAGUUCGUCAAACGAGCGAUACGGAUCUCGAGCUUACCCCUUCCAGCAGGUGAGUAAGCUCUGGCAAACGGAAUGCCGCAGGAUGGGGUUACACAGAGUACAGAAUCACCUGCACUGCUUCCAUUUAUCCAAUUUACUAACGGUGGAAUCCGGGUAAACUUCGCGGGAUAUCAUGCUGAAGCUGGACUUGGUGGUCUCUUUCGAGGAACAGGGGGUGGACUUCACGCGAGUGCUGGAACCCCAUGGGGUGCUCACGCGGGUGCGGGAUUAGGUGGAACAUUAAAUGGAGAAAACGGUCUGGGCGGAGGUUUAUACGCUCGUGCUGGACUCGGUCGUGGAAGACCGGAAGCGGCGGCCGGUCUCGGUGGCAGAGUGGACGGACGAUCGGUCAACCCGAUUUCCGGCGGCCUGUACGCUGGCGCGACUCCAGGCGGUCCAGGAACCGGCGUCUUUCUUGGCGGAGGAGUUGCAGGAGCUGAGACUAACGUGAGACCGAGUGCAUCCGGCACGACGACGAAAGAGACUAAUGCAACAGCGGAUGCAGCUGCCAGUGUAACGAAACCAGCGAAGGGCCACACAAACAUACAGAUCAUACGUUCGAAACCAAAGGAUGCGCAGAAGGAGAAAGAGAAGGCGAUGGCGCUUGAGGCUGCCGCGGCUGCGGAAGGAAAGGCCGAAUCGCAAAACAAUGAGAUACGACGUGCAAUACAAGUCGCUGCCGUAAAACCUCUCGCAACGGAAGUUGGCCUUGUCGGAUCGGUUGGUUUGGUUAGCGGGGCACCAGUCGUCAAAUCUGUCGAAAAGAGCAUCGUGGCCUUAGCACCCACAGCACCAGCCGCACCUCUUGUACCUGUGCAAGAGACGAUUCCAGCUAAUUCGGUUGCGACACUCGAUAAUAAUCCGAGCGUGGUGAUUACGAAACCCGUGUAUCCACGCUGGUACUUGAGGAAGAGAUUCCGGACCGGUCCUAGGAAUAAAGUAGUCUACGUUCCUCCAACCGCGACAGCUGAUUCUCAAGACUCGCCUUCGGACGUGGUCGGCGAACUCUUCGUCAAUUCAGUGGGAGACAGUGAGGGUGCAAUUGUCAAAAGCGGUACGGCGGGCAAAGUUUAUGUCGGCGGAUCCUUGUUCGAUGACAUCUUCAACAUUCCAAUUUCUACGUUGUCCGCUGUUAAUCAAUUGCUGAGAAACAACGCCGGCUGAGACUUUUAGCGCGUCCGUCCUUAUAUAAGUUUUACAUUCGAAGAUAUACACACUAAUAUAAUCGCGCAAUAUAUAAAAUAUCCACGAGCGAAGAUCGUGAGCCACGUUUUUCGCAAGGUCUUCCGAUUCGAAUAUAUAUAUUUCGUUAGCGUUCAAUGUUUCGUUGCAUAUAUACAUUCAGCCUCUUUUGUAAAUGUUUACUCCGCCUUAUUUACGAAUGCCAAGCACACGCGUGAUGUCCAUCUUGCGGUUCUCUGCACGUGAUUAAAUUGUAAUUCCAGCUAGGUAAUUUCACAUAUUGCGAUAGUAUUUCUUUGUUCCUCAUCCUGCGAGUCAUUUUAAGAAGGUGCAUCAAUAAAGGAUACUUUUAUACGAGAAGAAGAAUUCGUUUUCUGACACGAAUUAUUUAUAUUCUCCUGAAUUUUAUUCUAUUAUUUUACUGUUUACAUAUUACUUAUUCGCAUGCGUAGUACACAAAUUACAAAAUACUAGUUUCAAUGUUUCAUCAGAAAUUGAUAUUUACUUGUUGCCUCAUUGUUAAUAUGGAUCGCGUAAACCACAAAUAUAAUCGUUAUAAAACGUUCGUUAUUAACCACAACUGCAUUAUUAUAUGAAAGCAUCGAAAGAGAUAAAAUCGAUUGUUACGGAAGAUAAAAUAGCAGACAAUAAUAAUAAGAAAAUUACUUUAUUAGAAAAUUACUUACUAUUAUUAAGUAAUAAAACAAUGAACGUAAUUGUAAAGAAGUAAGAAAAUACAGAAGAAUAUUGUAAAUCCUGAGCAUGUUAACGUUAACGAAGAAUUUAAGAGCAAAAGAGAAGAAAAAUGAUAAGAGGAAAAUGAAGAUAAUUAUAACGAAGAAAAGUAUAAUAUAUUAAAAAUCGAAAAAUGAUUGUAUGACUAUAUAUGAAUGCAAAUACACAGUGAGAUAAAAUAAAUUAUUUUUAUUCGAGAAAUUUCGUACGUAAUAAUUGGACAUAUAAUUAAUACAUACAAUAAAUCUCAAUUAAAACAAA